UUUCCGAUGCGCUGGUUAAAGGAGGAAAUAGCAGCGGCGGCGGCGGCGUUCACUUGUUGAAUGCUUUGUGGAACAAUCACGUAUUGUAAUAUUUAGAUUUAUUUGUUCCACCUCAAGUCACUUCAUUAGAACAGACGUUUCGGUGCGUUGCCAUGUAGCUCGGUACAGGCUUUUACUUCAGCCUCCAGUCAGGACCGUAACUUCACCAACUUUCGAUAUAAGAAAAAAACAUUGAUUAAAGGGCAUUCCGAGCACUUUAUGCAGUGAGGUUCGGUCCAGCAUGACAGAGCGGACUCCCCUUCUCCACUACCGCCUGUCCACGAGCGUCAAUGAGUCCGAGGCGCGGCGCCCACCGGCCGGCGGCGCGCCGGAGCAGCAGGCGGGCAGCCCCACGCAGAGGUCCGUCCAGCCGCGCACCAAGAAGCUGUCCACGUUCUUCGGGGUGGUGAUCCCCACCCUGCUGUCCAUGUUCAGCGUGGUGGUGUUCCUCCGAAUAGGAUUCGUGGUGGGCCAGUCUGGACUGUACCAGUCGAUCCUCAUGUUCCUGGUGGCCUACUUCAUCAUCUCCAUGACGGUGCUGUCGGUCUGCGCGAUCUCGACCAACGGGGCCCUGGACGCGGGCGGAGCCUACUACAUGAUCAGCAGAGCUCUGGGUCCGGAGUUCGGCGGCAGCAUCGGCAUCAUGUUCUUCCUGGCCAACGUGUGCGGCAGCGCUCUGUUCGUGCUGGGCCUCGUCGAGGCCGUCGUGGACACGUUCGGCGUGCCGGCAGACGGGGCGGCUGCUGCUUCUCACACCCAGGUGCUGCCCUCCGGGUACUGGUGGUCUCUGCUCUACGGCACCGCCAUCGGCCUCCUCUGCCUGCUCGUGUGCCUGGUGGGCGCCCACAUCUACGCCAAGACCACCUUCAUCAUCUUCCUGGUGGUGAUGUUGGCCCUGCUCACCAUCUUCGUCAGCUUCUUCGCCGUCCGCCCGCGCGUCGUCGCCCUGCCGGCCUCUGCCGUCCACGGCAACGGGUCGGGCCCCGACUUCCCCACCACGGCCAACUUCACUGGCUUCAAGUUGGACACGCUGAAGGGGAACCUGAUGGCUGCCUACACUGUGGAUUACACAACAGGAACCAUGAUGACUUUCACUACAGUGUUUGCCGUCAUGUUCAACGGCUGCACUGGAAUCAUGGCUGGUUCCAAUAUGUCCGGUGAUCUGAAGAGCCCCAGCUACUCCAUCCCCCGCGGCACCAUUACAGCCGUUAUCUUCACCUUCAUCACAUACAACUUGCUCUGUCUGCUAGUGGCCUGCACAUGUGAUCGCGUCCUGCUUCAGAGGGACUACAGCUUUCUGAGGGACAUCAACGUCUGGAACCCCUUCGUCACCAUCGGCGUUUAUUCCUCCACGCUGUCUGCCGCCAUGAGCAACCUGAUCGGGGCGUCGCGCAUCCUCUACGCGCUGGCCAGAGACGACCUGUUUGGUAAGGUGCUGUCUCCGGCUAAGAAGACGUCCCGCGGUGGAAACCCAUGGGUUUCAGUGCUGAUCUCCUGGUUCCUUGUGCAGCUGGUGCUGUUCUCGGGGAAGCUCAACACCAUCGCCAGCAUUGUGACCAUCUUCUUCCUGCUGGUCUACGCCGCCGUGGACUUGGCCUGCCUCGCGCUGGAGUGGGCGUCCGCGCCCAAUUUCAGGCCCACCUUCCGCUACUUCACCUGGCACACGUGUGUGCUGGGCAUCGUGGGCUGCGUGGUCAUGAUGUUCCUGAUCAACGCCAUCUACGCCUCGGCCAGCAUCGCCUUCAUGCUGCUGCUGCUGCUGCUCAUCCACUACCUCAGCCCCACCUCCAGCUGGGGCUACAUCAGCCAGGCGCUCAUCUUCCACCAGGUGCGCAAGUACCUGCUGAUGCUGGACGUGAGGAAGGACCACGUCAAGUUCUGGAGGCCUCAGGUUCUGCUGAUGGUUUCCAACCCCCGCAGCAGCGUGGGCCUCAUCACCUUCGUCAACGACAUCAAGAAGAGCGGCCUCUACGUGCUGGGCCACGUGCAGCUCGGAGACCUCAAUAAAUUACCCUCCGACCCUCUGCAGUCCCAGUACGACUCCUGGUUAUCCCUGGUGGAUCACCUCAACAUCAAAGCCUUUGUUAACCUGACACUGGCGGAUUCUGUGCGUCACGGCGUCCAACACCUGCUCUUCAUCUCUGGACUGGGUGGGAUGCGUCCCAACACCCUCGUCCUCGGCUUCUAUGACAGCUGUCUUCCAAUGGACAAGCUGGUGGAUCCUUCUCUGACAGAUCCCUCGGGCUCCUUCCAAGACCUUGAGCAACCGCCUCCGCUGUUUCACUUCUCCACCCUGCGGGGGGCCAGCGACAGGCCGGAAAACGGGGAAUCGGGCGACGGGAAGGUUUUGGGGCCACAGGAAUAUGUGGCCAUCAUCGCCGACGCCAUGAAGAUGCUGAAGAACGUGGUUCUGGCUCGAUACUUCAACGGCUUUGACCGAGGCCAGGCCCUCUCCCCGCCCUCCACGUCUCUGUUCGUCGACGUCUGGCCGGUCAACCUCUUCCGCCCCGACAGCAGCAGCUACGUGGACACCUGCUCCCUGUUCCUGCUACAGCUCGCGUGCAUCCUCAACAUGGUGCGCGCCUGGCGCAAGGCCACGCUGCGCCUCUUCCUCUGCGUGGAGGAGGGCCGCAGCGUGAGGGGCUCCGAGGAGAAGCUGCGGCAGCUGCUGAAGGAGCUGAGGAUUAAAGCGCAGAUCUACCCCGUGCCGUGGGACCAGCAGGUGGCGCUGCACUGGCAGCGCCAGGGCGAGUGGGGUAAGAAGAACCCGGCGGCGUCUCCCGACGCGGUGAAGGAGGAGACGGGAGCGGGUGAGGAGGAAACCGAAGACGACUACGUGAACAGCUUCCCGAGCAACGCCACGCGCCUCUCCGACGACUACCUGCUAGCCGUCAAUAAGCUGAUCUCGGAUCAGGCCCGGCCGCCCCCUGCCGUGCGUUUCCUCUACUUGCCCCGCCCCCCCGCCGACACCCGCCGCUACACGGCCUUCCUGCACCAGCUGGACCUGCUGACUCAGGACCUGGGCCCGACGCUGCUGAUCCACGGCGUGACGCCGGUUAUCACCACUGACCUGUGAGCGCUCCUCCUGCUGACGUGUUCAGCCGCGCGCCUUCGACGCCGAGCGCCCUGAGCUUGCGGCGCUGCAGCGCCUGCUGGAUCUUCGCGAAAGAUGUGGGAACUGGUUUGAAUACGGAACGUCACGGACCUCAUCACUGCCACGGUACUGACCUUUCCACCAGACAGCCUGGGGAAACGGCCCUCAAAACCCAACUCGGAUGACGAUCACGCUGCCUCUGCACUGCAUCGAUAUCAGACGUAUGCAAUCUAAUUUUACCGUCUUCACUAUGAAGACUUGUUAUUAUAUGGUGCAUUUUGAGAACUUGGGAAUCACUUGAUGAUAAUUAUAAUAUUUAACCCUUUGGUUUGGUUUCAUAUAUUUGUUGAAAGAUUACUUUAAGCACUUAACAGUUGGUGAAUGUACCAAAGGUGGUUUCAGCGCACACAGUCAUGGUCCCCAGAGGAAGGUUUGUUGAGAUUACUGUUCCAUUCCAGUCUCUCCUGUAUCUGAAGUUCCUGAAAAUAUCCUCCCAGUUUCCCAUUCCUUGACUUUUUUUGCUGUGCUGCUGCUCAAGUUUCUUACAAUGAUCAUUCCAUAUGUCUUUGGAUCAAAAAUUGCCUUAUUCUAUAUGGAGUUGGAGUUUGGAGUUGCUCCAUCAUUCAGACUUUGGACCCGUUUGCACAAAAUCUGCCUUUUCAUUUUAGAAGUUUAAAAAAUGAAAAUAAAGCCUUGAGACAAUUAAAGCUUUGGUGCUGCGAUGAAGACAUUCCCAGUUGUUUCCACUAUUGUUGUGCACCUUUCCAAUUUACUUUAAAAUAUGUUUACACCUUGAUUUUUCAUUGAUUGUCUAUGGUUUUUGGAGAUCUGUACUUUUUUAGAAUUUUUAUUCACUAAGUGACCACAGUGCUUGACCAUCCUCAUGCUGAAGUGCCUGAAUGAGUGCUGACGCCUGCUCACCUCCGCAGCCUUUAACCAAAGUACUUGUGGUACAUGAACGUGAACCUGUGUAACCUUUUGCUUUACUGGUACUUUUUUUAGCAACAUGGAUGAAACACUGUAGCUGAAGAAGUGUAGUGUUUGAAAACACCAGGCUCGUUCAUCCUCUGUCCACAGGAGCGGUUGUAUUAAAUGCCAAAAAGUUGUUUCACUACAUGCUAUUUGUAAAAUAAAGACUGAUCCGUGUA